UUUUAACAAUAACUCUAUUAGCAACACUUGUAAACAGCUGACUGCUCUAACUUGUUUUUCUAUUUUUUUCUUUUUUGCAUUUUAUCAUCUUGCACAAUUUGCCCGUCUAUACUUCUAAAUGACUUCGCAUACUUUUAGCCAGAAAAAGUUCAUACCCACACCACCGGAAAAGGGUAGUUUCCCCUUGGAUCACGAAAGUUUGUGUAAAAAGUAUUAUUUACUUUACAUGAGCUGUCUGCGUCGCAGUGACGAUCAAAAUUCACAGUGCCGCAAAGAAGCUCAAGAAUAUUUAGAUUGUCGCAUGAAGAAUCAGUUAAUGGAACAGACUGAAUGGUCCAAAUUGGGUUUCAGUGAAGGCGAGACGAAAGCCAAUAAAACGGAUAAAACACCGCAAUAGCAUUUUAAUUUAAAAGUAGAACAAACAAAAUCACAUCAAAUACAAAAUGAAAACCAAUAAAAAUAUUUUAAUAGCUUGUACCGGUAGUGUGGCUACCAUUAAGUUAACGCUGCUAAUAGAAAAGUUGUUAGCUAUAGAUAAAGAUUAUAGUUUUAAUAUCAAAGUUAUUGUUACUGAACGUGCCAAACAUUUCAUCGAAAAUUCAUCUAUACCAGAGGGCAUAGAAAUAUUAGAUGAUCAAAAUGAAUGGAGUGCUUGGAAUAAACGUGGUGAUCCGGUUGUUCAUAUAGAUUUGGGUAAAUGGGCUGAUAUGCUGGUGAUAGCACCUUUAAGUGCUAAUUCUUUGGCUAAAAUUGCUAUGGGUCUUUGUGACAAUCUCUUGCUGUGCGUUGUACGAGCAUGGGAUGUUAGCAAACCUUUACUAUUCUGUCCAGCCAUGAACACACGCAUGUUUGAUCAUCCCAUUACCCAGGAACAUAUAACAAAACUAAAAACAUGGGGUUAUCAUGAAGUUGCAACAGUAGCGAAAACUUUAAUGUGUGGCGAUACGGGUAAUGGAGCUAUGGCCGAAGUGGAAACAAUUAUUGAAAAUAUUUUAUGUAAAUUUGAAAAUGUUAAAAAUGUAUAAAUUAUAUUUAUAAUAAAAUAUGUAUGUAAAAAAAUAAAUAAAAACAAAAUACUUUAAAAA